CAAGAAGAUCCAGUAGAGCAUUCAUUGCCUCUCAACUUCCACUUGAUGCCUCCAUUUUUUCUCCCUCUUCAAACCUCCACUUAUUUCAUCCAUCCAUGGAUUCCGCCGGUGGCAAACCCCCGAUGAAGCGCCAACUCCAGAUCCAAGGCUCUCGGCCUCCUCCGCUCAGCGUCAGCAAAGACUCCCACAAAAUCAAGAAACCCCCCAAACCACCCGCUCCUCCACAUCAACGUCCACCGGAACCCGCUGAUCCUCCAGCUCCGAUUGUCAUCUACGCCGUCUCUCCGAAGAUCGUCCACGCCACCGUCGCGAAUUUCAUGACCAUCGUCCAGCGCCUCACUGGGCUUUCCUCCUCCGACUUCUCAGGCUCCGGAGACAUCUCCCCCGCGGCCAGGCUGGCGGCCACGGAGAAAGCCAGUCCCAGGGAGAGAGCCCCCUGCAACACGGAAGGAGUGGUGGAUAUUGUGGAAGCGGGAGGGAUAGAAUUGGGUGUUGUUCCGGGAAUCUUAUCUCCAGCACCGGAGACGUUGCCGCCGAUUCCGGCCGGAAUUUUCUCGCCGGUUUACGAGCCAAGCAUCCAACUGUUUCAUGGGAGCAGCUUUGUGGGUAGCCCAUCUGGGUUACUUUCAGGUCCUAUAGUUUCUCCGACGCUUUCACCUGAUUUUUUUGGUUACUUUUGGGAUUUUUAGUGGCGACUAAUUGCAUUUUAGCGACAUUUUGUAUGUGCAGAGGAACAACUGUAGAGCAGUAGGCAUUGGUUUAGCAUUGCAAGAUUUAGAGUAGAGUAAUUGUAAUUGUCAAAUUGUAUGUUAUUUUUUUUUUCUUUAAUUGGAAAAUCGAUUGGUUAGAUAAUAAUAUAUUCUAAAUAUAGCAGUUAAAAGAAUUAAAU